UUAAAUACAGGAACUACACAACAUUUUGAAACGCAAGCUAAGGAGAAAAGGUCAAAGAAGUUUUCUAAACCACGGAAUACAUGUAGAAUGGCAAGGCAAGAAACUUUAUGUCUCCUUCACCAUUCAAAACUGACGUCAUAUUGCAAUGUUUGUGGUGAAUUUGUGUGCAACUUGUGUAAACAGUCUAGAUUCGGAAAACAUGAAGGUCAUCAAUAUAUGUCAGCUACGGAAAAGACCAAUGAAUUAAAAGAAGAAAUUUCAGAAUAUCACAAUAAUGUAACCGAUAUAUGUCUUAAUCCUCUUCGGGAAAUUAUUCAUGAGCACUACUUAGUAAAAUCUCGCCUUGAAGGAAACUGUGAUGAGCUGACCAGAGAGGUGGAGAAGAGAAAAGAAAGCUUUAUAAAAGAGAUAAUAAGGACAUCUCAGAAAUUGAAAAACAGUAUUAAUGGACACAGACUGGAAUUCAGUCCAGGCUUAGCGAGUAGAAUAGCAAAUCUUGAGGAUAAGAAAAGAGAAAUUGAUUUUCUGAUGAAAACGUGUGAAAAUGUGACCAAUACUGGAAACAUCUAUGAAAUAUUGGAGUUCAAUACAGCUAAAAAGCCACUUUCUGAGUUGCAUACAACACACUCUUCACCGAGACAGAUCCCAACAUUAGAACUUCACACACCUAGGCCAGGAUCUCUGGUCGGGGAUUAUUUUGGAAACAUACGGAAGUCUAGGACUAUUUUCAAAGAGGAAAUAAGAGUGUUGAAAUCUUGGAGCUAUGACAUCUACAUAGAGCACCUGUUCACGAGAAAUGAUUGUGUCUGGAUCAGUAAAACGGGUUUUUUUGUGUCCGUGAAACCAAAGACGGGCGAGGAGGUAGAAAGGAAGCUCUGUUCUCUACAUCCUUCCGGUUUUAUAGUGUCAACUUCCGGUGAAGUAAUAUAUUCUGUAUCUAAUGAACACUGUAUAUACAAAAUAACCCCGGCGUUAACCGUACGUUUAAAACACACUUAUCCUUACUCUCCAUGUGGCCUGUGUUUGGCCAGUAAUGGUGGAUUCUAUGUAUCUAUGCACCAACAUGGGACUAGUGGGAAAAUAGUGCAUUAUUUUAAUGAAGAAUGUGCCGAUUGGUUGGAAAUAAUUUGCUACAGAAAGGGGGUGCCCCUUCUUAAGAAGCCUAUUAAGAUUAUUGAGAAUGGUAAUAGAGAUCUUUGUGUCAUUGAUGCCGCCUCUGAAAGUGUCAUUGGAAUGAACAGUAUGGGUAUAUUUAAAUUUGAAUACACAGGAAGCCGAACAAAUUUUGAACCAAUAGGUAUAUGUUCUGAUUCUAGAUAUAACGUACUUGUUUCGGACUUUGGGCAUAAGAUGAUAGAUGUUCUCCUCCAAGAUGGCCGAUUUCUAACUUCGAUAAAGUUGCAGCCAUUGGGCAUCAGUAGACCAAUGGGACUGUGUGUUACAAAGGACGGUCACCUGUGUGUUGGACAGGGUAAUGGAUGUGUUCACGUAUUACGAUAUUAAAAUUGGUUGUCUUAAAAUACUCAGGAGUAAAAUACUGAUAUUAUUUUUUAUCUACUCAAUUUCAUCAAAUGACUUUUUUGAAAUAUGAAGUAUCUUAUU